AUGAGUGAGCAGAAACAAUCCAAUUAUUCCAAAAAACCAUAUAAAGGUAGACAAGAUCAACGACCAUAUCCAAACAAACAAUACUCAAAAUACCCUAAAAAGGAAGAAGAGGAAGAUAUAAAGGAAGAUGAUAUUUCUGAUGAAUCUGAUGAUUAUGACCAACCAGAUCUUCGUCAUGGAGAGCAAUGCUAUGUACUUGGUCAAUUCAAAAGUCUUGUUAUUGAUCCAAAAGCUUUCCCAACUAACCCAUUUAUAAUAAAUUUUCUUCACACAUCUUGGUACAACAUUAGACAAAUACAUAAAUAUUACGAUGUAGGUUCUCAAUUUUCAGUUUCAGUGGAUCAUUCCAAAAAUUUUCCAGCAAUGAGAGAAUACGAACAAUAUACAACAAAUCUAAUUACUGGCCAACAAUGCGUUGCUCAUGGAGGACCUGAAAUCGCCGAUUUACAAUUCCAUUUAUUUCCAAAAGGAUUUUUUGCUCAUGUUAUGAGUAUGAACUAUCGUAAUUUCGAUAAUGAUAUUUUUGCUGUUGUACUACAUGGUGUUUUCUUAGGAAUUACAUCCCAUGUUUUCGGAUUUGACCGAUCUUUCACAAUUCAAGCAGCAGAAUUAGGAUUCAGCAUAUUAAGUGACCAUUUAUAUAUUCACUAUCCUCCAAAUUGA